AGAUCUGUGCAAACUGAGGAAGAAGCAGGAGCUUGCUGAGAUUGUAAAGGCAUCCUGAAAGUUAGUGCUCUGUUGAGGGAUGCUGUCCACCCUACACUGUUUGGGGGUGUGUGCGGUCUUAUUCUUACUGGCCCCGCCCACCACAUCGUUCUCCGGUGGUGCUAGCCACGCCUCUUGUCAGGAAAUAAUUCCCGGCCACAUCCGUGCUCACUCUCAGGACCCGCAGCACAGAUAUGUCACCAUACGCACGUCUGCCUCUUCCUACCUUCCUGGACAGUUUAUAACAGUAACGGUCCGGAGCUCUCGGGACUUCAUGGGUUUCCUGCUCCAGUCCAGGAGAGGGAGCCCAGUGCUGGUGGGCGGCUCAUGGAUCCUCACACCUCCUGGCACCCACACUCUGUGCUGCCUCUCGGAGGGUGACACCGUCACACACUCAGACAAACAGCUGAAAAGAAACCUCUCGUUUGUAUGGAGGGCUCCUGAUUCACCAGUGGGAGACAUACGGUUCUACAUUACGGUGGUACAGUCCUACUUUGUUUACUGGGCAGGUAUUGAGUCUGGACUGGUGCGUGACGCUAGUCGUAGGCUCUGGAGUGGGAGUAACACUACCAGAGUGAAUGGAGUGAGUGCAAUUUUUGCACUUCUGCAAGACAAAGUUACAGCCCUGCCAACUCUCAGAACCUUUAAAGCAUCAAACAAAGAAACAGAUGAGACAAAUAGACCAGAUAGUACUUUCCAACUUUCUACAAGAGCAAGAAGUGGACCUUACAACUACAAAUCUAUGAAAACACCCACAGAAAAAACUUAUUCAGGUUUGGACAGGAGCAGCUCUGUUACUUUGGCGUCACUUAAAAUCAUUAAAAAGAAAAAUAUGACCUUAGAAUAUCUUCAAAACGAUUCCCAAACACCUUUAGGAUCAUUUUCAGCUGUGACUGAAGAGGCACAGAUUGACCCCGUUCCUCAACCCAAGGACCCCAAGACCUCAAGUCCUUUGACAGCAUCUUUCUCCUCUGCUGCAGGGAUGAAAACUACCACCAUUUCAUCAUCAAAGAACACAGUGUCUACAUUUGUCAUCCCUUCUUCUUUCUUCACGAGAAACCAACCGACAACAUCACCAACUCGUUCUGCUCUCCACUCCCCUUCUCCAAUCUCCAGCCCCCCUUAUUUGUCAUCUUCCCAACCUACCCCCACUUCCCCACAGCCAUCCUCCUUUGCCUCUUCUACCAUACCGUAUUUAUAUACCUCUAACAAUCCAUCAUCAGAUGUCUUGUUUACUCCAGCUCCCUUGCUUACCUUUACCUCUUCCCAGUGCAUCACAAAUUCAACAAAUUCUUCAAUUUCUUUUGUUUCUUCUACCACUUCAUCUAGCUCGACCUCAGCAACUUCUUCCUCCUAUCAAGGUACCUCUUCUUUUUAUAUCCCAUCUGUCACCUUCCCGCCUACUGCCCAGUCUACCUCCCUUCACCCAGGACCCUCUCCAGCUCCCCGUCGCUCUUUGUACAACUUCUCCAUGCCCUCACCUUCCCAGAAACAUACUGAAGGCCACACUGCAUCAUCUGAUCCUGAUCCAAGUAUACACCAACCAACACCAAGAACAAACAUUCAUCCAAACCCCAAACCCCAUCCUAACAUCAAGGAAAAUCUUGGCCACGAGUUGAAACCAAACCUUCCGAACACUGAUGCUAAACAUCCCUCCAGUCCACCUGCAACUCCAGACAAGGAAGGUAAAUAUCCAGACAUAUCCAGACACAGUGCCUGGGAGCUGGGCAUGCUGCUGGGCAGCUCAGCUGGUUUGGGUAUGGUACUGGUGGUUGGAAUAAGGUACAUGUACCGCCAGGUCUGUGGAAAACGGACACAGGUGACCCUCAACGACCGGGAGAGAGAGUAUGGGAGAGGAGAGAUAGGACUGAUCCACGUUCAGGAGUGUGGAGAUUUGGUUAGAGUCCGAAAAAUCAGAGAGAACAGUUUAGUGCUUCUGGCAGAGUAUGAUGUACUGUCACCACCUGGAGAGAGAAAUGCAGGUUGCCAACAAAGAUGCUAGAUACCAAAACCUUUUAAGGAACAAGAAUAAUCUCUCUGA